CAUACUUUUUUAGUUACUUAAUCUGUGACUAAUUGAAAUUUUUCAGUAAUUGAUCUCUUGACUUUGUUAUUUAUAAGCUAACUUUAUUAAUCUCAAUAACUUAAUUUUAUUUGUUUUCAAUUGAUUUAAAUUCACUAGUAAUUAAUUAGUAAGAAUAGAAAUAUACAAUGAGCGAAUUCAAAAUUAAGGCUGGUUUAGCCCAAAUGUUAAAGGGUGGAGUCAUUAUGGAUGUUGUUACUGCAGAACAAGCAAAAAUAGCAGAAAGAGCUGGAGCAUGUGCUGUUAUGGCACUUGAAAAGAUUCCUGCUGAUAUGAGAGCUAGUGGUAAAGUAUGUAGAAUGUCAGAUCCAAAAAUGAUUAAAGAAAUCAUGGAAGCUGUUUCUAUCCCAGUUAUGGCAAAAGUUAGAAUUGGUCACACUGUAGAAGCUCAAAUAUUAGAAGCAUUAGAAAUAGAUUAUAUCGAUGAAAGUGAAGUCUUAACUCCUGCUGAUUGGAGUGAUCAUAUUUCCAAGUCUGAAUUUGGUGUUCCAUUUGUUUGUGGAGCUAAGGAUUUAGGUGAAGCUUUGAGAAGAAUUAAUGAAGGUGCUGCUAUGAUUAGAACAAAAGGUGAGGCUGGAACUGGUGAUGUUUCAGAAGCUGUUAAACAUAUUAAGAAAAUUAGAGGAGAGAUCAAGAAAGCCAGCGAAACUUUAAAGACUGAAGAAGAUUUUGAAAAAUAUGCAAAAGAAUUAAGAGUCCCUGUUUCAUUAUUAAAAGAAGUUGUUGAAUUAAAAAAAUUACCAGUCGUCAACUUUGCUGCUGGUGGUGUUGCAACACCAGCUGAUGCUGCCUUAUUAAUGCAAUUAGGAUGUGAUGGUGUUUUUGUUGGUUCAGGUAUUUUCAAAUCAAAUAAUCCUGAAAAAUUAGCAAAAGCAAUUGUUAAUGCUACCACCAACUUUGAAGACCCACUCAAGAUCUUAGAAUAUUCUACUGAUUUGGGUGAAUUAAUGUCUGGAGUUAGUAUUGAAUCAAUUAAGAAAGCUGGGCAACCUAUCUUAGCCAACCGUUAAAGAUGAAAUUGAUAAAUCUCAAGAAGUUUGCAACCAUAAAUAAAUGAACAUUAUUGUUAAAUAUUUAUAGAUCUGAAAUACAUACAUGAAAAAUAUUUAAAAUACGAAACGAAAAGUAGUACAUAUUUAAUUAGAAUUUAUAAAUCGGACCAGAUUAUCAAGCCUGUAUUAGAAAUAUU